AGGUGGUAGACAAGACAUUGAGCUGUACGCUUCUAUAAUUGGUGAACUGAAAUCUAAGUAUGGCGAAGUACUCACAGAAUAGAUUGGAACACAAACAGCAGUACAAGAUGAAAUAAAAAUGGGAAAUAAAGAGGUACAUCAGUCAUGUUUGACCAAAUUAAAGAGUUCUGAUGUUGUAAUUGCAGAGGUAACACAGCCAUCGCUUGGUGUGGGUUAUGAGAUCGGGAGAGCAGUUGGGAUGGAUAAGAAAAUACUGUGCCUUUUCCGUCCAAACUCCGGGAAAAAGCUUUCCGGUAUGAUAGCAGGUUUACAUGGUGAUCAUAAUGUUACAGUGAAAUACUAUGAUGGACAAAACUUUACAGACAUUUUAAAAGCUUUCUUUGAAAAUUUAUGAAAGAUAUGUUAUUGUCAAAGAUUGGAUGGUUUUGCCAAUAUUUCGACCAUUUGUGUAUAUAUAUUUGACGGUUGUGUUACAAUAUUGUAUAUAGCAGCAGCUAUAAAACAAUUGUUCUGUCAUGCAUACCUGAUCGGGGCAACUAUACUCGGAGAAAAAAUGGACCAGUCACUAAAUACUAAGAAAAACUAGAGUAACGACAUUAUAGUUUUAUUUCUAU